AUGGCCGCUGCAACUCUCCCUAUUGCAUCGUUGAGGUCACCAAUCACAAAUCAAUCAGUCUUGCACCUAAUGGGACAGGUCAAGGAGGAGGAAAAGGAGGCAGAGGCGCCUAAAGAGAAGGUUGACAUGAAGAAGGUCCCAGAGCAUGUCCGGGAGAUGCAGGAGGCUCUUGCGAAGAGGCAGGAAGUGGAGGAAGAAUAA